CAAAACACCUCGAGUUCUUCCUCCACAGUGUCCUCUCUGUCCUCCAUGGUUCUCCCAUCGCUCUGACUCUGCUCUUGUGUGCUUCCACAAACUUCUUCGCCUGCGAAAUGGCCUUAAACUCGAGUCCGAGCGCCGCUGAUCGGGGUGGGAUUGAAAUGGUGCCUUUGAACAAGCAAAACAGCCAAUCUUCCAUGACGUCGAAGCAAUCGAAGCGGCCGACCCAGAAGAAACUGCAAUUCUCCACUCCGGAGUGCAGCGUCACGCCGAUCUCCGCGAUUCCUGGCAAUCGCAUCCUGCUGCCCGGACGCAAGAGGGAGGAGGCGAUUGUGAUGGCGAACCUGCGGAAGAGAGUGGCUGCUUGUGACCUGACCAGGAAACGUGUCCCAGGCACUUCAGCGCCGGAUGAUGUCAAUGCCAAUGAGAUGUGCGCUGAGCAAGGCGCGACUGAGCCUCUUCUGGACAACCGCCCGCAGCUUCCGAAGGUGACUUCAAAGCACAGGGACAUGAACGGAGAUGAAUCGCCGAAGAUGACGGUGAUUCAGGACAAAGACUUCAUCCUCGACUGUCUGUGUUGGCACAAUGAGUAUCGCGCGCGUCACGCGGCGCCAGCGCUCACGGUUUCCACUGAGCUCUGUGAAUGGGCACAGAAUUGGGCAAAUCAUCUGGCGAGCACGAAUGAAUUUUACUAUCGCUCGGACAAGAAUCUCGGGCAGAAUCUCUUCUGCUGCCCCAUCAGCGCCCUCGUGACGGAUCUCACGGGUCAGGAGGUGGCGUCGUACUGGUACAGCACGGUCAGGCGCUACAACUACUUCAAGGAGCCUCGCCUUCUGCACACCAACGUCAAUGCUGGCCAUUUCACGCAGAUGGUGUGGCGCAGCAGCCGAUACUUCGGCGUGGGCAAGGCCACGUCCAGGACGGGUAAGAUCUUCGUGGUGGCGUACUACUUCCCGCCUGGCAACGCCGUGGGCGCGUUCCAGCAGAACGUGCUGCCGCCCAUCAUGGACCAGGAGCCGGCGGGCAGUGACGCGGACAACAAUCCCAUAAUGUCCAUCCUGAAGCCGGCCAGCGGCGCCUCUAACUGAGGCGCGCGGCGGCGCUGGAAAGGCAUCACGCGGUGGCCUCGCAGAGUUAUAUUUUUGAUAAAGUUUAGGAUCGCGCGACUCUCGCGACUGAUGUAGCAGAAUAUGGCAGCGAUGCACUGAGACAGGGAUAGGAAGAGCCUAGGAAGUGUGUGAGUGUAUGUGGAUGAUUAGGAGAAUGUCGAUUUGUUUGAAUGCACAAAUUUUUUUGGGAACGAGGAGGGGAUUUUGUAAUGUGAUGGAAUUAAAGAGGUAAGAAAUUAUAUGAGACUAAAAAAAGAUUGUUGCAACAACAUUAUACAUUCCAAAGUAUAUUUAUAUACAUGAAGAUGGUUGAAAGGGAAGGAUUCUAGAACUUUAUCAAUGGCAAGGGGGAGAUAUUACGAUCUGAAGUGAUGUACAGCUGUGUUGGCGCAGAAUUUUUAGUUUCUUUGGAUUAAUUUGCUUUAAAAAAAGAUUAGUUUUUAGUAUUCUUCUAGGUUUAUGUGAUAAAUUUAAGGCAGAUUUAGAAAGUCACUAACCUCAAAAAACCAAAAAUUUGCAUUUAAAAACAGCUAUUUUAGAUAUUCUUUUAAAAAUGUAGCCCUAAAAUGGUUAAUAAUAGUUUUUGGUUUGUUCAGAACAAAAAUUACAAGAGAAUUUACACAAAAACACCGUUUUUGGCAAACAACUGGUUUUCUAACCACACUUUACCUCACAAUUUAUUAAAUAUUCUAGUGAAGAAACUUAGAGGAAGCCUAAAAAGUGCUAAAACUGAUGAUUAAACAUGUUUUAGAAAGUGAUUCUCAGAUUUCAGGAUGUCAGUCAUAUUAUCUCCUCCUUGAUAGAAGGUUCUCUAACAAAAAAAAAGGUGGAUAAUUAUCAAAAAAGAAAUCUAGUUAAAAUUGAGGCUUCAAGUUAUUUAGAAGUAAUUACCAAAACAAAUUAAGAAUAUCAAAGAAAUCUUUCAACCCUUCUUAACACAUAUAAUGCAAUUUUUUGAGUCUGUUAGAGUCGUGAAAACAUAUUUAGAAGCGCAACAUAGAGCAUAAAGUGAGGUGAAAAGAGAGAUGAAAUCGUAUACUUCCGCAUUGUCGUCCAUUUUUUGGUAGAUGCACAAAAUAGGAAGAGUUAGAAGGAAUUUUACUCAGAGGAUAUUUUAGUUAGCAGUUAGCUAAACAUUAUAUGAAAUACAAUUGUGAGAGAGAGCGCGAUUUAGGAUAUUAAUUUAGCCAUGAAUAAAUGCAGAAUCAGUUCUUCCACAUUAGAUUGAGAAUCAAAGAGUCUGCAAUUGACGAAUGCUUUUAGUGUUUGCGAAAUUUUAAAGAAAAUCUCUUCCUAAAUCGCUUCAUUUCGACAAAGAAAAUUAAUAACAUUUUAGAAAAUCUGCCUUGUUUUCCGUCUGGCAAACAAGCACAAAAAAAAUCCCCCAUGCGAAGAUAGUGAUAAUUGCUUAAUGGAAAUUUAACGGAGAAAAAAAAUUACAGAGAUAUUUACAUAAUUAGUGUAAUAUUGCAGAAACUGUUACUGUAGCAACAAAAGGUGAAAUCAAAUAUAACAGUGGUG